AUGUUCCCUUCACCGCCCUUGUCUCCUCUACAUGCUGCAGUCAUUGUUCGCAUGCAUGGUCAAACGUUGGUGAAAUUUAUGCGCUUGUGUUGUGAGCAAAAAUUACAAAAUCGUUCCGUUGCAAAACAAAAUGUGAUCGGGAUUGGUAAAGAAAAUAAAAAUCCAUCUGGUAGUCCUGAAAAUAAUAAAAAGUUUGUUGAACCGCAGCCAUUAGCUUCAGAUCUAAAAAUGUCUACCGUUGCUUGGUCUUCUGCAUCACUAACAGGUAUAAGCAGUUGCUUUUAUUAG